AUGAUAAAUGACGCUGAUGCGAAUAUCGUAAAUCCAUCUGACGGUAAUUCACCUCUUCACGUAGCAGUAGCCGCCAAGAACAUUGAACUGGUUCACACCCUUCUGCAUGUUCAGGGCGCUUUAAAAACUAAUGCCAUCGAUUUGAAUAUUUUGAACAAACAUGAAGAAAGCCCUUUAGAAUUAGCAUUGAUCAGCGGCUGUUACGAUAUCGCAAGCGAGCUGAUCAACAGCGGUGCUAACAUUGAUGUCCAGGACUCAUGUGGCAAUUCUGUGUUGCUUCGUUGUCUGAUGAACGCAAACGUUGAGGGCUGCCUGCGAUUGAUCAAACUGGGGGCUAGCGGUCAAAAGUAUUUGUGUAAAUGUUUGUUUACAGUUGUGAUUAUUAGAAACUCCAAAGGCAUGUCGCCGUUGCUGUUCGCCGUCAGCAAGGGUUAUACGUCUGUGGUUAGCGCGUUAUGCAGCGCCGGUGCCGCGACGUCUGUCAGGAGCGACAAAUACGGCGAGGAUAGUUCGAUUCUGUGGACCGCCAUUCAGGCCGGCUACAAUGACGUGGCGACAGUGUUGGUGCAAAGCGGUAAGUGCGACGUAGACUUUUGGUGUGCUGGUCCGAACGGCUGUUAUCAAACGCUGCUGCACAAAGCUCUUGAUGAGAACAACGAAGCUGCUGCCUGUUUUCUUAUAAGAAACAACUGUAAUGUACACGCGCUAAGGAAACUUGGUCCUAAAGGAGAAGGACGUGAAGAAGUAGACGAAAAGGACACCCCGUUACACAUGGCUGCAGCUUGGGGUUUACGCGAUGUGGUUAUAGAACUACUUGCACACGGGGCAGAUGUUAACGCUCAGGACAAAAUGGGGAGAACCCCAUUGCAUAUUGCCGUCGAAAAUCAACACUUGGAAAUUUGUCGACUUUUGCUAGACGCUCCUAACGUCAAUUUGUACAUCCGUACCAGCCGCGGCCUGACGCCGAUGCACUUCGCCCUGAAGCACAGGAACAAUAAGAUCGCUGAAAUUAUUGUCAAGAAAGACAAACAUAUAUUUUUGCAGGUACCAGUUGCAAUUGCUUUAGGUACCGUAUGCAACGGUGACAUUUUUCAGGUCGACAACAAAGGUUAUAAUCCGCUGCACAACGCCGCCGCUACCGGCGAUAUGGAGACGAUUCUUUUGCUACUUUCUCUGCAGAUCGACGUGAGAGCUGUUACUCAGGACGAAGAGAAGCUUUCGGCGUUGCAUCUUGCCGUCAAGAACGGGGACGAAAUGAUGGUGCGCACUUUGAUACUUGCUGGUGCCGACGUCAAUGGCGUGAGCAGCCGCAAGCAGAGCGUUCUUCACAUCAGUGCGUUAAACGACCGUCCUCAGAUUUGUUCGAUUUUAUUAGAAAAAGGGGCUGACUGUAACGCCGUCGACAGCUACCUUCAUAACGCUUUGCAUCUCGCAGUACAAGUCGGUAGUCUCGGUUGCGUAAAGGUGCUUCUUCAGGAAUCGUCCGUUGAUGCUUUAGCGUUAAAUCUUAAGGGACACUCGCCACUUCAUCUACUUGGCAUUUAUGGCAAGGAAAAUGCAGCUGCGAUCUUCCAAUGCUUUGUCGCGAACAUUCCAAACUAUCCAGUUGAUACGCUAGACCCUGAAGGCAAUACAGGUUGGUUGUGUUUAGCUGAGAUGAUUUUGAUUCCCAACCGUCACUGUGGUAGACUACUUUGUGGCAAGUGUAGCGAAAAUAGCGUUCUUAUCAUGAAAUACAAAGCGCAGAAGCCUUUGCGCGUUUGCAGCCUAUGUUGUUCUGUUCUUACUUUUGGCGUACCUACUUAA